AUGUUUGAUUGUAGAUUAGCAAAAGAUGUUAUCUAUCCACUACCAACAUCGGUAGAGUCAUCAAGCAAUGUAUUAGAGUGUCUAUACAUACCUUACAACAUAGACUUUGAAUUUGUUGGACCUUGGACUCUCGAUAAACGACAACUUGUUAGAUCAUUCUAUCAUACAGUAGUAGCCAAUCUACCUGUAUCUACUUUCUUUCCUUCAAAAUCUAAACAAUCAAGAUUCAUUAUUGUAUUGUUAAAUGGUAGUAGUAAUGACGAUAAUGAUGGUCACCAUCAUAGCUAUAAUAAAUAUACAAUACCAACAAAAGAGAAUGAACAAUAUAAAUUAUAUGUUGAUAAGGAGCAAGUUAGAAUGAUGGUGUAUUCACAUCUUGGAGCGAUGAAUGCUAUCAAGACAUUGGUUCAAGUGGUCUAUGCAAACAAAGAACAUGCCAUUUGUGUCAUUUAUCUACCUCUAGUUAUCAAAGAUUCUCCUUCUAUUGAAUAUAGAGGUUUAUUGUUGGAUACUGAAUUUAUUAAAUCAUUGAUUAGAGGAAUGAAUAUUUCAAAUGAACAGACAUAUACUGUGAUUGGUCAGAUACUGUCGACUCUUGGUAGACUGUUUCCCGACCCAUACAUACACCUCGGUGGUGAUGAGGUGUCGGUAGAGUGCUGGCUCGAAGAUAAAGAGUUGGUUGCGAGAAUGGCGCAAAAGGGUAUACACAGCGGCGACCAAUACAUGCCGUAUUUCCUCGACCGUCUCCUCGAUAUUGCCAACAAGACACUUCCACCCUCCAAACAACUCAUCUUUUGGGAAGACUCAUUCGUUGAUUUAUUCCUUUUACAACAUGGUCAAUAUCAAAAGAUUCUUCAUCCCAAUAGUACAAGUACAAGUACAUCUCCAGUUUACAAUAGUAACAACAUAAUAUAUCAAGUAUGGAAAGGCGGAGAAACUAUUGGAGAGUAUCUAAGAGACCAAGAGAUUAUUUAUAGCUUUGGAUUCUAUAUGGACCCAUCGUUUCAGAGUUGUAAGUCAUUUGAGGAUUGUUACAGUCGGUUUGUUCCAACUAAUAUUUCAAAUCUCUUGGGUGUUGAAGGGUGUGCUUGGGAGAUGACCCAACCAUCGUCCAACUGUACAGAAAAGGAUUUGACCGUUGUAGAACGUGGAUUCAACGAUCGUGUAUGGUUCAGACUCAUUGCAAUGAGUGAGAAUCUAUGGUCACAUGAUCAAAUUCCCAAACUAACCAACAACAACAACAACAAUAAUGCCAAAGACAGAGCUCACUCUUUUACAAAACAAAUACUAUCCAAACAAUUAUCCAAAUCCAUGUUAUUUGAUAACAAUAGUAAUAAUCCUCAAACAACAAUUGAUAGAAUAUUAAAUCAUAUAAAGAAGACUAAAUAA